AUGAACCUAACUANCCUACCGGACUUUGUUUUCAAUGUGGAAGGAUGCACGAAUUUCAAAGUAUUUCGCAGACGUAUUCGUCUUGCGGAUUGGUUUCGUGAUCACGAUCAACUGAAUCACGGCUACAUGCCACGAACAACAUUUCGACGCAGUUUGGGCACGCUACCAUUGGAACUGAAUGAGACGGAACUGGCCAUGAUUGAAGAUAGGUAA